CAUACGCGUCGUUCUUGUCUCGCAGAAAUGGGGGGGUUUUAGGGUUUCUCCAAGCUUCGACUCCCUUCGUCGGAUUCUCUUGCCGUUUGAUCUCCGAGGGAGAAAUGGAGAGGCUGAAAUCUCUAAUUCCGGACGAGCUAAAGCGGGUCAUCGGCAGAAGUGCGCCGGAGAACUUGACGAUGACCUCCUCUUUGCUUCUUGAUUUCUUGCGCCCUUUACCUCAGUUUCAACAAGUCAUCCGGGAGUUGACGGACCCCGAUUUGGCGUUGUGCCGGAAGAGCAAAGAAGCAGCAUUGGAUUCGAAGCAGAAGGGAAAUGAGUGCUUUAUGAAAGGGGAUUACGUGGAAGCUUUGCGCUUUUACUCGCACGCAUUACGUCAUGCACCUGCGAAUUCUGAGAUGGACGUGAAUUUGGUUGCUACAUUGUAUGUAAACCGGGCUUCAACUAUGCAUAAAUUGGGCCUUCUGCAAGAGUGCAUUCGGGAUUGCAACCGUGCUAUUUCAAUUUUUCCUGCUUAUGUGAAGGCAUGGUAUAGAAGAGGAAAGGCUAAUGCUUCUCUAAAAGACUACAAACAUGCUACACAUGAUCUAGAAGUAGCUGUAAGUAUGGAAGACAAUCCAUCUAGGAAGAGCCAGAUCAAAGGAGAACUUAGUAUUGUGUUAAGUGAAUCCAGUAGUUCUAAUGAGAUUGGGAUGGUUAGCAAUAAUGGAGAAGAUGAGAAAGUGGAUUCCUUAGCUCAGUCAAAAGCUCUGGUACUUCAGUGUGUCUCCUCACCACACAAAGGCAGAGGACUGACAUCUGCACAUGACAUUCCUCCAGCUUCCUUAGUUCACCAUGAAGAACCUCUUGCCGCGAUUUUGCUGAAGUCUUGCCGGGAAACUCAUUGCCACUUUUGCUUUGAUGAACUCCCAGCAGAUAUUUUGUUCUGUCCUUCAUGUACUAUACCAGUUUACUGCUCAAAGAAUUGCCAGGAACAGGCUUUUGGGAAACAUGAUACUUAUCUGAGUAAGAAAAAUUUGGCCACGGAUCUUGAGAAACAUGUUAUGAAUGCUAUCUUGGCAAAUCCUACAAGAAGUACUGGAGAAGAUAUAUGCAGUAAUCACAUUCUGGAACAUCGACAUGAAUGUGGAGGUGCACAUUGGUCUGCUGUUUUACCACCUGACAUAGUUUUGGCUGCUCGAUUGAUAGUAACUUCUAUAGAAAAAUGCAAGGCUUCUGGGACGAUCUUUAAUCCCUUGGAUUAUUUGGACUUUGUUCACAACUAUGCUCAAAAUCCUUCAGUUAGCAAGUUGGAGUUGCAUGUCUACGCGAUUGUCCUGUUGUACUGUUUGCAUCAAUAUUAUAAUUCAGAUUUUCCACUCAAUGGGGCUUCUGUAGCUCAGUUGAUUCUGGUGAUCUCCCAAAUUAAGGUUAAUUCUAUGGCAGUUAUCCAUAUGAAAUCACAUAAUCGAGAUGAGGCUUUUGGAAAGUGUUCAAAGUUUUUUACUUUCGAAGAGCAUAUUACACAAGACACCAAGCAGGUCAAAGUAGCACAAGCUAUAUACUCAAGGGGUAGCUUGUUUAAUCAUUCAUGCCAGCCAAAUGUUCAUGCUUAUUUUCUUUCUCGUACACUUUUUGUACGCUCAGUAGAAGUUGUGCCCGCGUGGUGUCCGCUUGAGCUGUCUUAUGGUCCGCAGGUAGGAGAGUUGGAUCUUCAAGGUAGACAGAAGUUGCUCGAAGAGCAGUACUCAUUCCAAUGCCGUUGCUCCAGUUGUUCAGAAUUGAACUUGUCAGAUCUUGUCAUGAAUUCUUUUCGGUGUGUUCGGCCUUAUUGUCUUGGUGCAGUUCUAGAAGCCACACAUUACAAAAGGCUUGAAAGCAAUUUCUUGCAAGUUUCUAAUGCAUCUGGCACCUUUAAACUCUCUCUACCAUUGCUUAGCAGUAAAAAGGACAUAAGUGAUGUGGCACGGAUGUUGCUUCAUGAAAGAGGAGCCAAUAGUCACAUUGCUGCUGGGCAUUGCAUGAGUUGUGGUUCUUGUUGUGAUCUCGAAUGCUCAACUGCAGGUUCUAAAAGUUCUCUUGCAAACAUCCAAAGGUUGAAGGAUUCUUUGGAUUCAGAUCAAAUUCCAGAUGCUUUUGUUUCAGAGAUGCUGAGUUCUCUCAGUCAUUUAAGAUCAGUAAGGCAUCCGUAUAGCAAGAUUGUUGCUGAGCGGCGAGCGGCGGCAGCAGCAGCGGCGAGCGGCGGCAACAGCAGCGACGAGCGACGGCAGCGGCAGCGGGAAAGGAAAAGGGAGCGGAAGGCACGAGCAGCGGGAGGGCUCGAGGGAGGCGCGAGCAGCGGGAAGGCUCGCGGGAGGGCUCGCGGGAGGCGCGAGCAGCGGGAGGGCUCGAGGGAGGCGCGAGCAGCGGGAAGGCUCGCGGGAGGGCUCGCAGGAGGCGUGAGCAGCGAGAGGGCUCGCGGGAGGCGCGAGCAGUGGGAGGGCUCGCGGGAGGCGCGAGCAGCGGGAGGGCUCGAGAGAGGCGCGAGCAACGGGAAGGCUCGCGGGAGGCGCGAGCAACGAGAGGGCUCGCGGGAGGCGCGAGCAGCGACAGCGGCGAGCAGCGGCAGCGGGAGCAGGAGCGACGAGCAGUGAGAUCGCGAUCGGGAUCGGCAGCAGGUUAGGGUUGGGGGUAUAUCGGUUUAGUUGGUUCGAUUGAACCAACUAACAACCGAACCAGGACCGAACCAGACCUAAAAAUCUGGUUCGGUCGCCUGGUUUAACCCAGGCGCUCGCCCGAAGCGCCCGACGCCUGGGCUCGGGCGAGCGCCUAGGCGGCGCCUCUUUGAAGUGAGGCGCUCGGGCCUCGCCUCGCCUCGCCCGAGCGCCUAGGCGAGCGCCCGAGCGCCUAUUGAAAUCACUGAUUAUUAGCAACUCCAAUCUGGGUUCUCUUAGUUAUGGAGUUUUUUAAGUAUGCAUAGGUAUUACUCCGAUGAUAAUAAUCAAGGGACAGAAAACUUAAAAUUGCUAACUGAAACAGCAGCAUGGGUAAAUCAAUAUAAGCAGUUCCUAUUAAAUGGACUUUGUGCUGACCCAAAAGAACACACU